UUUUCAAAGAUGGAUUUCAACUACGACAAAGAGAAGUACGGCAAGAAUAUUGACGAUACUCUUGGCAGACCAAAAGAACAAGAAAUGGAGCAGGUGCAGAAAGAGGAUAGCUUAGAUAUCUUUGCAGAUAAUCCAAGUGAAUCUAGCGCCAACAAAGGCUCAAGUUCUGUCGGUCAGAAUAUCCAUGUUCAGAACAAUAAUAGGCAUACAGAGAACAAUCUCCUCUCUGAAUCAAAGGAAGAUGAUGAGAUAGAUGAAGGUGACCAACAAGAUACCAAUGUUCCAAGGGGUAUCCCUCUACAUCAAAUGAAUAACUUUGGAGAAGUACCUGGAAGGUACCAACAACAUCAUAUGAGGGGAAAUUUGAGGGAUGUGAAGUUUGAAGAGAGAGUGGAGUAUGCGAAGAAGGCGAUCCCGGUUGUGGCUUAUGUGCAGAUUGUGAUGGGAGGGAUGGGGGUUGGGUUCCAUUUGUUAGUGCUGUUUUGAGAUUUUGUGGAUGUAGAGCUGUUUGGAGUGGAGAGUCCGCUAGGUGAUGAUAGCAGAAAAAUUGAGACCAAUUACAAAUGGAAGGUAUUAGCAAGACUCAUAUUGCUAAUAGUAAGCUCUCUGGAGCUCUAUGCUGGAUAUUACACUCUCAAGGAAUCCAAGAAUCUUGAUAUAGUUAGGAAUGGGUUCCCAGAGAGAAAGCAACUGGUUUUGGUUGGAAUUUAUGUUAUUAUGGUAUUCCUUGAUCUCUUACAGACAGUUUUGGUUAUUUUUGGAGCCCUCAUAGGGAUGUCAACUUAUGUAGAAUAUUGAUUGAAUAGUUGCAGAACUAUUGGAUUGAAGCAUCCUGUUUUAAAAGAUUAUGAAUUAAAUACUCACGAAUGCAAUGAGUAUUUUACAAAUAAAGAAUACGAAUUUGACUCAGAUGGAAAUCGUAUUUCAAAAUCUGAAGUUUGGGGGCAAGAAAUAAUCGAAGACUACACUUUCACUCUAUUCUUUAGUCUAAUCUUCACUGCCAUCUACUGCACAAUCUCCCUCUACUCCAUCAGAACAGUCCGCAAAAGUUUCCAACCCAACCCUCAACACCCCCAAGAACCUAUCCAAUAACCCCUCUUCUCCAAUUCCUCCUAAAAAUCCCCUAAAAACUCCUCUAUUC